GCUUAAGUGGCUCUCUUCGCAUCGUCUUCUUGUCUCUGCUUUUACAACUUGUUGUUGUAGCCGUCAAAACAAAGAAAGCAGCCCACAGCAGCGACAUGGCAGCCACCCCAACACAUCGAAAGGACGAUGCCAACUAUAAGUUACAUUUCCGCAUGAUAAACGAGCAACAAGUGGACGAUAUCUGCCUUGAAUUCUUCUAUAAGCCACACACCAUCACACUCCUGACAGUCACUGUGCUCAGUCUCAUGUACUUUGCGUUUACCAGGGAUGAUGAGCACUCUGACAGCAACCUACGAGUUGGACUACUGGUGGUUAUCUCCUUCUUCCUGGUCAUCAGUGUCCUGGCCUUGCCUAAUGGACCUUUCACCAGGCCACACCCUGCAAUAUGGCGGAUGGUGUUUGGCCUCAGUGUUCUGUACUUCCUGUUCCUUGUCUUCAUCAUCUUCCUCAACUGGGACCAAGUAAAGAUGCUGAUGUACUGGCUGGACCCAAAUCUGCGCUAUGCCACACGGGAAGCUGAUAUCAUGGAAUAUGCUGUGAACUGUACAGUGAUAACAUGGGACCGGAUCGUGAGCCACUUUGACAUCUUUGCAUUCGGGCACUUUGCAGGCUGGGCCAUGAAGGCUGUGCUCAUCCGCAGCUACGGCCUCUGUUGGACCAUCAGCAUCACCUGGGAGCUGACUGAGCUAUUCUUCAUGCACCUGCUGCCAAACUUUGCAGAGUGCUGGUGGGAUCAGGUAAUACUGGACAUACUGUUGUGUAACGGAGGAGGCAUCUGGUUGGGUAUGACUGCCUGCCGGUUUUUGGAGAUGAGGACCUAUCGCUGGGCCAGCAUCAAGGAAAUCCACACCACCACAGGGAAGAUAAAGAGGGCCGUGCUCCAGUUCACCCCAGCCAGCUGGAUGUAUGUGCGCUGGUUUGACCCAAAGUCCUCCUUCCAGAGAGUAGCAGGCAUCUAUCUCUUUAUGAUCCUAUGGCAGCUGACAGAGUUGAACACAUUCUUCCUCAAGCACAUUUUCGUCUUCCAGGCUUCUCACCCUCUCAGCUGGUGUCGCAUCCUCCUCAUUGGAGUCAUCACUGCGCCCACUGUGCGACAAUAUUAUGCAUACCUGACAGACACCCAGUGUAAACGAGUUGGCACACAGUGCUGGGUGUUUGGGGCCAUCGCUUUCCUCGAGGCUCUUGUGUGUGUGAAAUUCGGUCAUGACUUGUUUUCCAAGACACAGAUUCUCUAUGUAAUGCUGUGGCUGCUGUGUCUGGCACUCAUCACACUCUUAUGUUUAUAUGGAAUGAUUUGGUAUGAUCAAAAUAAAAUGAAGAGCAAUCCUCUGCACAGUGAGGAGUGCGAUGACAGCAGUGUUGUCGACUCGUUUGGUUUUGUCCCAGAUGGCGAUGCAGCUCAGAGGGAUUCAUUGAGAAGUUUACAACCUACAAAACGAAGGAGAGCUCAUGGGAGGAACAGAUUUGUUAAUGGCCAUGGAGGAAAGAAACAGUAACAGCAACACUGGAUAUUCACAUUCUCUGUGAAAGGGUGAAGGAAAAAGACGAAACACACCAAUGAGCUGAAAGCCUUCUAGACUGGGGUGCUGAUUCUCCAGUACUAUUUAAUACGACAAGGACGAAAUUGGUCCUGUAUUUAAUGUGAGAUAUUUUUAAACAGACCCGAAUAACCAAGGAAUAUUCCCUGGAUUUUGAAAAAAGAAGAUGGCCUUAUCAUCACAAGCAUGCUCUCCUCAUCUUCGUCUUAUACCCAACAUUUUCUACCUUAAAUUAUUACUGAUUGGACGCUUUGCACUGUGGGACACUUUGAGUAUGUCCAGUCAGGUGUGUGCUAAACUGUUAUGCUUCACUUAGCUUUUUUGCACUUAACCUAUUUUUGACCGUUGUGUUUUGGAUAUCACUGUGUGCUUAAUUUAAUACGUUCACUGGAAAACUAAAGAUCACUGUUAUUUUUGUUUAUGCAUUUUCUAAGUUAUUAGAAUUGGUGAUGUAUAUUUGUUAACUUUGCCAAAAGUUACCACAUUUUGCAGUUAUCUAUAAUCCAGUAAAGUGCUGGUAUGUACAGCACUGUGUGUGAAAGAUGUUUCUGUAUACUUCAAACAAGAACAACCAAGUGUUAUUGGACCAACUGUAGCCUUUACACAUUACCCUGUUUGUUUUUUUUAGCACUUUGUGUGUGUGUGUGUGUGUGUGUGUGUGUGUGUGUGUGUGUGUGUGUGUGUGUGUGUGUGUGUGUGAGAUGAGAGAAAGGUGAUCAGUGUUUGAUACUUGGAGAAGACUGUGACGUUCAAUGCAACAGCACUGUGGUGACAUUCAAUAGCAGAGGAUAAUCACUUGUGUGAAAUGAUCCUUUUCACACACAUAUCUUUUUUAGUGAUCUCUAUUAAUAAAAUGUGACCCUUAUAUAACACACUAAGUGACCGCUUUGUAUACGCUGUUCUUAAUAUUAUUAAACCAUGAAUUAUAUUUCAUAUUUAGUGUUAGAGUGUGUCGUGUCUGCUAAUUGAAUUUGUAUUGAUGUAUUUUGAAAUGAACCUUUUUGUUUUAGCACCAGCUUGCCUCAGUGGUUCUGGUCCUCUGACCCUAAAAAGCGUUAAGUGAUAGACUUUACUGUAUUUAAUAUAAAAUGUUGUAAAAUGUGUUACUUGGAACUUCCAAUGGACUACUUGUGUUACUGAUUUAUAAUUUUAUACGGGUGAGUUUACUUGUUUUUUAAGUACAAAAUUAAAUGAU